AUGGAUAGACGUCAACGUCAUUCCAGAGGAGGUGAGGACAAUUGAAUGGAGAUUCAUUUCUCGUAGGAUCACAGCCUGUGCUGACAUUACCGAUUAUCGUGGCUCAUUAUAUACAGGAUGGGGGCCGUCGAAAUUAUUGGGCCAGAGUCCAAGAGAUCCCCUCGUGGGUGAAAGCAUCCCAGCGUUGAGGUUGAGAGGUGUUUUGUUGAAGAGCACUUCGUCUUCAGGAAAUCAAGGAAACGAAGCCAAGAGCUUGGAACCUCAGCCGGCGAUCUCAUCUGGGAUUGACCACAUAACAGAUGAUGUUGAUCCGUCUGUCAUGGACAGAUUUAGGGUUCUCAAGGGCCGCAUCGAGAGAUUAAAUCUUGUUGACGCAGAAGAGCCUCAUGGGCUUCCAAGCUCACUCGUUAUCGAGAACCGGGGGCCAUCGGGUGGCAAGGUUGUCUCGAGAGUGGACUUCGACUCCAACAGCGGGGUUGAGCCGGGGAACCACCCGCGUGUGCUGGGGAGCUGGUCAGGGGGGCAUUUUGUAGGUUUUCCUUACGGUUCAUCUGAUUGGGAGCAUGUGCUGAAGGAGGAACUGACAUGGUGA